CAGGCUAAGAACGGUAUCGUACCCGAAAAGAAGAUGGUAACACCUGCAGAUCGAUUAGCACAAUUAGAGAAAACUGGCGAAACAGCGAAGGUUGCAAUACCUGAUUCUGGAACGAGAGUCGCAGAAAGAUCCAACGCCGACCGUAUUCCUUCAUGUUGGAGUAUGGAAGCAUGAGCAUCAUUAAGAGAUGGUUAAUCAGAGCCAAAGAGAGGUCAAAAAAAUCAGGAGCUCCAUUUGUAGUUAUAAAGAGUUACAUACAUUUUAGAUUAUAAAAAUAUAUGUGCAUACUCAUGUUUAUAAAUAUUUACACCUGGCCUUUUUA